UCUCAGGCAAUGUACAUCAUAUAAUGAGAUGACGCUGAAUACAAAUGGGGAUAAUUAUAUGUUGAAAUGAGCUUGAAAAAGAGAUAUUGUCUUACAAAGCAUAAGGAUGGUUAAGUGAAAGAGAAGAAAACAUGGGUUGGAUAGAUGGACCCGACGACGUUGUAAAUGAUAAAUUUCCAGUGGAUACGUUGGUGAAAGCACUGAAAUCUACAGUUGGAGAGAUAUACACUUUCUGUCAAGAUUAUCACGGACAAGCUCGGAAGUGCUGCGAUGGUAUUCGGCAAUGUUUUGCUACGAUGGAAACAUCGUUUUCAAGCGUCAAGCUUCAGGCGAUUGGAAACCAGGACAUGCACAAAGCUUGCCGUAAACUUAAGACAGAUCUUCAGGCCACGAGAAGUUGUACGGUGUCAUGGAUGGGAACUUGUCAUGACAACGUUAACGCUCAACGUCUGGCCGAGCCGUUCAACGACAUUCUUGCUGAUCAGCAAGUGAUUCUGGACGAACACUGUAACAACCUACCACCUGAACUACCAGGAGAGAAAACAAAGCCAUCAAAACGUCCUUGGACAUCUAAAAAACCAACUGACUGGACCUUAGAACCGGAAAGAUCAACUGUAAUAUUUACAAAUUCAUCAACUUCAUCAACAACUUCUGUCAACAACGCUACUUCCGGUUUUUCUAAAAUUAGAAAUGAAACUGGAAGUGAUAAUACUAUUGCUAUUGUCUCUUCAGCAGUUGGAGGACUUUUGCUGCUGUGUGCAAUCGGUCUUUUCAUGUUUAUUUUGCACAAGAAGAGACAGUCACAGAACUCGGAUUCUGGAGGCUCUCUGGAGCCAGUUGGGAAGCCAAGUUUGUUUACGUGGCUUUUCCAGUCUCCAAGAAAGAAAGCGAGGUCGGAGAACAACGAUACUGAGAUUUACGCUGAAAUUGACGAAGCUUUCAUGGAGGCUGUUUAUCGGUAUGAUAAAGAGAAACCAGCUAUUGGUCGAGACAGAGUCAGCUCAAAUUCACAGUUCAACAUGUGCUACGAGAGUAGUUUUAACGAGGGUGCUAUUAUAUCGUCGAGGGAUACCCUCGAAUCCAAAACAACCACUGAAACUAGUAUCGUGGCCAUGGAGCCUUUGAGUCCGCUGGCUUUAAUUCGAAAAGACGAUGACGCGAUUACUUCAUUUCAGAUUAACCAAUCAUUAACCUCAAAAUUGUCAACUGAUAAAAACGAUGGGAAAACGGUGCUGAGUAGUCAGAAAAGUUUUUUAACUCGUCGACCGGGUUUUACAGACGUUAGAUCGGAUUCUUCAGGAGAUUAUGUUUAUAUUGAAGCUAUGCCAAACGACGUUUUUGAAAGUGAGAACAUUUAUGCCGUGCCUUCUUUCGAGGUAAGUGAGUACGACACGGCAGAGUAUGGCCGAAAUCCGGAAAGAAACAUUGCCCCGGUGCCGGAAACAUUUUAUGACUCGUUUCAUGUGUAUACUAAUGUUGAACAACCUUCAUUUCAAGGAAAUAACCCUGCAAUACAGCAGGAUGUGAAAGAAUACAGGAGGAGCUCUUCUGACUUGGAGAUAGAUCCCCACCUGUAUGAAAAUCCUGACACUUUAAUGGAAUACUAGCUGACACAUACAUGUACGUUUCUCCAACAGUGCCUUUUAUGUAUUUAUCUUACUUUGUCUUUAUGUACAAUCUUGUUUUUUUAUUUAAUUUAGAAAUAGUAAAAUGGAAACUUAGAACAUUAUCAAUAUGCAAAAUCUAAACAACUAUGUCCAACAAAUGAUAUUUAUGGUGCUUGGUUUUCUCGGUAUUAUAACAAAUAGGUGAAAAGUAAAAUGGCAUGGAACAUGAAAUCUGACCCUGCAUUAUCAAAUGGGAUAUAGUUAUACAUGUAUAUUGAUAGAUUUUUUUACAUAUGUUAAGUUAACCUCUCUGUUUGUUUGAGAAACUCUCCAAGAACCCCUACAAUGAGCAACCUAAUGGUUGGUAGGGCUGGCAAAAUCCGUAUUUGUAAUCUAUCAUACACGUACGUUAUCGGCAGUUUUUGUUGUUUUACGUAAUGAAAAGAAGCAUUGUAAAUAAUUUUGAUUAAAUUACGUAUAACGCCCAUGUUUCAUCGGUAUAUUAUUACCGCUAGUGAACGGUGAACAUUUGGUUGAUAUCGGCACAUUGUCUUGUAGAGCAUUGUAUAUUCAUUACAUAUACUAUAUAUAUAUAUAUACAUGUAUACCAAUACAUGCGGAAAUGCCAUGUGACUGCAAAUGUGUCGAUUUGAAAAUGUUGAUUUUUACGCGGCACGAUGUCAUGAAAGUAGCUGGUAUUUAAAACGCAAAGUACUAAUUAAUGUGUAGAAUAACUAUGGUACCAUGGGAUUACUUAUACUAUUGUCUUAUUUUUUUAUUAUUUUCAUUUAUAUUCAAGAAGUGUUUCGCUUUUAAAUUAAAAUGACAACAUUGUUUAGGCUUAAUGGGCCUUUGCAGGCUAGAUACAAAAAGAAUGACAUAUCACUCGUAUGUUAAGAUUUUGAUAUUCGUGUACAUACAAAUUGUUCAAUUGUGUUUGAAAAAUAAACCAAUUUUUAUACAAACAUACAUGUUAUUUUCUUUUCGUUAUUUCCAGAGAUUAAAGACACCAAAGUAGUAUUUUCAUCAUUUACUUAAAACAUGUACAUGUACAUUUGAAAUAACAAUUCUUAAGUGUCAUAUAAACAAAAAUUUUAUACCACAUAAUAAAAUAUAUGUUUAAAGUUUAAUAGAAAGAAGAACGUUGUCAUAAAGUACGAGUAUUUCCAUUAGUAAGUUUCACAAUUGA